AUGGGUUCGUCACGACUGUAUCGCAAACUUCCCUUCCUUGACAGCAUACGACUGCUUGAGCUGACCCAAGACGAAAAGAAGGGCUCAGUGUGUGGCCAUCUCAUAUUAUCCAAACUUGAGGAUACCCCAAGCUACGCAGCACUGUCAUAUGUCUGGGGAGAUCCAUCACCACAAGAUCCACUCUUCGCGGUGGACGGCUUCGAGCUAAGGAUCCGGCAAUCCUUAAACCAUGCCCUCGGUACCCUUCUUUCCGGUGAUGAGAAAAGACUGCUGUGGAUUGAUCAAAUUUGCAUUGACCAAGAAAACAUUACGGAACGAGAGCAUCAAGUUACGCUUAUGUCAAAGAUUUUUAAACAGGCUCAGCGAGUGAUAUGCUGGCUGGGGCCCGAUGAUGAACAUACCGGGCAUGCCUUUGACCUAUCAACUGUCUUGGCCAUUGACGGAUCUGGUUCAGAAUUUUGGAAAGAACCGAUGCAAAGGCUAAUGCAAGCCGGGCUUUUUAGGCACAUGCUAGAUCUGGUUAAUCCCACUGGAAUUCCGUUCUCAGCUCUAGCUGCGUUGGUCAAGAUUCCUUGGUUUGGCAGACUAUGGAUAGUUCAAGAGGUUGCACUGGCAUCAAAGAUCGAGUUUCGAUGUGGGGGCGCAACUAUCGAUGGGGAUAUUACGUGGGGUUGCAAGAAAAGCCACGAUCGACUGAAUGCACUUUUUGGGCUCGCUUUCCCGUACGACUCCAAUUCCGCAUGGUUUCAACCUGGAUACAGCAUAACUGGACCCGAGUUAUAUAUCAGAUUCGCGAAGGAUUAUAUCAAUGAAACUGACAGCUUGGACAUACUUCACUUCUCGGGCUGCGGCGAUGCAGAGAAUUAUUCACUCUACUACAUUGCCGGCACGCCUGUGCUUGAACCCAGAACCCCGGCGGACGAUGUGCCUUCAUGGGCACCAGACUGGCGCGUGCAGUCUAGGCCGCUCGUGCUUUUGCCUGAUCCUGGGUACAACGUAAAAUCCCAGUUUGCAGCAACCCUGUCGAAAGCAGAUUAUUUUUUCGACGAUGACAAUCAGACAUUGCAUGUUCGUGCGCUUCUGGUAGAUCAGAUAGCUGGGUGUGGCUGGCCUUACUAUCUAUCUUUAUGCCAGGAUCUCCAGAUGACUGAGAAUGAAAUUUUCGAACAAUGGUACGAACUAGCCAAAGAGCAUUUGGACAGUAAUACCUUCGAGACUAUGUUCUCAUCAACUUUGGUUAUGGACGCAAGAGUGACACUUACGGAACGUGGAUCUCUAAACGUGAACCAAGAUGAGGUACCUACUUUAUUUGAACAUUGGAAGAAGUUGGUUGGCAAGAGUUCAGAGCCCUGCAUUCCGAACGAUGCUUUGCAGUCGAUUGAGGGCUUUGCACGUUAUCGUUACGUUGCAGAGGAAGUCUGUCGCAACAGGCAACUUCUUAACACUGUUAAAUUAAUUACUUUUAUAUUAAUAAUAUUAUUAAUAAAUAAACUAUUAAAUAAGGCAAAUAAGGGUAGGUCUAUCCUAAUAGGCGGAAAAUACGAAGCGGAAAUGCUCGCGCCAGAGCCCCGCCCUGGUGAUCAGCUAGUAAAUAAAAUAAAUAAGUUAAAAAGUUAA